GUGCGCAGAGCAACAGCCAGCCAGCCCACCGGCCAGCCACACUCUUUUAGAGUUCGCUUUGUUUAUUUACUGCUCAACCUUGUUUGCUCUCCCUCGAUUGCUUUCUAUAUUGAGGCACUACUAAUUUUAUUACCUGUCCGCGCCUUCUCUCUCUCUCUUUUCUCUUUUCAUCCACUAUUUCUCAUUCGGGCUCGGACGUUUCCGUUUUUAAGCGUGCGCGUACCCACUCGACUGUGAGCACCCGCGCUCUCAGCCGUUUUCACGCGCAAACCAGACUUAAGAUCUUCCUCCUUCUAUCCUACAGCUCGCCUCCCAGACGCUCUUUGACUAUUACCCAGCAAGCGGUCACUCUUCCGGUUCACGUCACAUCAAGUCAAAUCACCUCUCAGGAUGGGACUAGGAUUCACGCACCGGCGGAAACACUCGGCAGCAACGUCACACACCGACGAAGACCAGCGGCGGACAGUGGAUCAUCGUCAAACAACUACCUCGGUCAGCGACAGAUAUUUUGGUGCGGAUCAGUCGUCUCAGGUUCCGCCGGCUGGUCAUGCGCACAGCAUACCACCGAACACUAUGCGUUCGUCUACAGCGCCCGCUGUCGACCAACGAGCUGCUCUUCAACAAAACUUCGUUGCCACUCGGGGACGGGCAGGUCUUACUCAGUCAUUACGUGCCAUGAAACUGCGCAGCGUGGACAUGGUACAUCCGAAUCCCAAGCUCCGAUUCAGAUAUGAGCCUGCAGAGCGCAUGAUGGUUCCGAUCGACCCGUACGAGGAUGCCAAGGCCAAAAUCAAGUCGAAACCGAGUGAGCACGUCGACGAUCGGGCUAAUGGGAUGAAUGCCCACGCUCUUCGUGUUGCAAUGGACAGAGAAAAGAGGAAGACUCAGGCCGCAGAGUUAAAGGCCAAGCUGUCAGCAGCUGCCGAGGCUUCCGAAGGGUCUGCUGACGAUCCACAAGAGGGAUCUUCGCGUCAAGGAGGAAGUCGCCAGCUCAACCUGUCAGGACCAGACACAGACAACACCGAUGGUCUGAAAGCAACACAGCCGGUCACUACUGAGCACCAACCGGAUAACAACUACACGACUGAAGACUACGAUAUGCGCAAUGGCGGAGCUCGAGAAGCAGACCACCCUGUAUCGCAGAAGGCAAGGAUCCCUCGGUAUUCUGUUGGGCCAGAUGUACCACCGGCAACCGAGCAUCAAUCUCGAGGAGCUUCGGUAUUUGACGCGCAUACCAGCGAUGGCUAUAUGUUGACUUCUGCUUGGACAAAUUAUCUUAAACAAGCGACUGCUCGCAGAAUAAAGGAAGAGCAGGAACUCCGUGCGGCCGAGCAUGAUGACCCGAAUUUCCCGUCGAAGCACUCGAGAAAACAAUCGAUGGCGUACUCCAGCGUCGGAAGUAUACCUUCGGAGGAUCUAUACGAGAAUGACGAGUCCUUGGCUUAUGAUACGGAGUCUGAGCGACGAAUGAGAGCUCGUGAUUCUGCGUAUGAGUAUGCAUCAUCUCAAAGCAGGCCUAUGACUCCCGAGGGAAUGGACGAGGAAGAAGGCGACAUCGAUUUCGAUCAAACACCGAUAGCUGGUGGAGUUCGUCGGUCACGCCCUUCUUCGAGUAGUGUUCAGCGAUCGCGACCGCCUUCAAGUAGCUAUCAGCGCUCGCGUCCGACAUCUGUCGUUCAGAAGCCAAAGCUUGACUCUAUCGUUUUUGGAGAUAUUGCUUUUCCCGUCAGUGAUCAGUAUGCUUCUACGCACGCUCACAGAAUUAGCGUGGCCUCAAGUGGUUUCGAUGAUUUCUACACCGAGAGCGAGGAUGAGUCAUAUAUUUACGACAGCGGGGUUGCUGCGCGACGAGCGCGCAUAGUGCGGCAGCCCCGAUCUCACCAUGGCAUGGAGGCAGAGGUAAUCACAUAGAAGGCUGACACUUUGAUGGGCAUUUUGGAUAUUGCCGUCUUACAAACAAUCAUAAGAGGGAGUUUGGGCAUUUCAUUUUAAAUUCAGGAUAUAUCAAAGAAAUAAUCUUCAACUGAUAAACUAAGAGAGGGAAAGGUAGUCCGAAAGUAAAUAUAUUGCAUCGCUGUGAAUUCAGACUUGCC